AUGCCACGCUAUAAGCAGACAGCCCGCUGGGCCGGCGAGGACUCUGGCGCGACCCCGCGCUGGCAACCCUCACAGCGGGCCUCUUUCGAAUCAGAUGUAGCUCGAUUCCUCGAGCACACGGACGACAGCGAUACCGAGAGCCAUCCUCAGCUGAACGGGGGGGGCUCUUUCGAUUCUGAUACAGCAGAAUCACUCGAUCAACUGGACGACAGCGAUAUCGAGAGCCAUCCUGAUGGGGCGAGGGAUUUGGGCAAAAAGGCAAGUCUGACACUGCCAGAAUCUCGUCUUCAUGGCAGGCACUGGCACCCUCUCUUCCAUCGCCCUUUGCCCAUAUCCCAUAUACUGUCGAGUAACAAGUGGAAGCAAAGUACUGACUCUGCCGUGUUAAAGACUGAAGAGAACCCCAAGGAGGACAAGCACAAGGAUGAGAAGCCCAAGGAGAAGCCCAAAGAGGAGAACCCCAAGGAGGAGAACCCCAAGGAGGAGAACCCCAAGGAGGAGAACCCCAAGGAGGAGAACCCCAAGGAGGAGAACCCCAAGGAGGAGAACCCCAAGGAGAAACCGUCCUUUGCGAACCACCAGAAGCAUAAGACCUUGUCCGACCUCCGCUUUUCGCUGGAGUCACGCAUCGCUUCAGCCGAGGCAGGUCUCGAGAGGUUGGGUACCGAUUCCAGCGGUAACGAUGGUCAUUUCUUCCUCCACUUUCCGCUGGAGGUUCUUCACAUUGCUGGCUUGGCUACUUUUUGCGUGUGGGUGCUUCGUCGCCUUGCUGACCUUGAGUCGCGCAUCACUGCAGAAGCCGCCUAA